AUGCGUCGUCGAUACCGCGGUCCGCCCACCCGACCCGCUACUGCCCCGGAUCCGAGCACAGCCGACUUCAACAAGACGUCGAGUGAGACAUCGGACGGACUGGACGACGCUAUGCACAAAAGCGAGAAGGCGCAGAAAGAGCCUCCCAAAUUGACAGCCCGAACCCGAGCACCGGUACCCUCAUCAACAAGUCGUCGAGUGAGACAUCGGACGGACUGGACGACGCUGUGCACAAAAAGAGCAAUCCGAUUCGUCGUUGCGCACCUCGAUGAGGUCACCUUCGCGAAGCUCUUCUCGGUGAUCAAGGCUUGGCUGGCCCCGUUGCUAGAGAAGUCUGCUGCAUACCGGAAGAAGCAAGAGCGCGAGCAUUACGAGAAACGCUGGAGGAUGUACGUGGUCUGCCAGCGAACGGCGAGUACGUCGCAAGAGUUGAAAGCGGCCGCCGUCGAAUUCAACAGAGUGCUGGAGCGCCUCGAUCGCUUGGCUAUUGAUGACAGGGGUGCGCUGAACAACGCGGAAACCCGGAGGGACCAAGCCAAGACCAAAUACGACAAUUAUCUCAUGGAGAUGAAGGGAAAACAUCCGAAGGAAUGGAUUGCCGCGGCGCCAAAAGUGACGGUCCCGGCGCCUCCUGCACAGCCCGCCAAUGGUCCCCCGGCUCUGCACACGCCGCCCGUCAUCCCGCGUGAUCCGCCGCCUCCACCGCCGGCCGAGCCGGACGAGGUUGUCGUCGAGCCCGACCCGGUCGGUGAUCCAUUUCAAAUUCGAGUGCAUGCAUCCAGCGAAAGGGUCGAGGCGUUUAGUUGGGUACUUAUAGGG